UACAGUUGAGAAGAAGAAAAAGAAAAGAGAGAGCGAGAGAGAGCUGCUCAUGUUUUCCUCAUGUUUCUUCUGCUUGUCCUGACGGAGGAACGAGUUCUGUAUUAUUAUUUUUCCUCCUCUGUGGUUUCCUAAGCUGCAUUAAAGGAAACUUCUUUUCGCAUGAUGUCAGACUGUGAGGGAAUAGCUGUGGAUGACAGUGCCUCUGCUGCAAGCAGCAUGGAGGUGACAGACCGCAUUGCUUCACUGGAGCAACGGGUUCAAAUGCAGGAAGAUGACAUCCAGCUGCUCAAGUCAGCUCUGGCAGAUGUGGUUAGGCGCUUAAAUAUUACGGAGGAGCAACAGGCCAUGCAGAACAAGAAAGGACCUACCAAAGCAAGACCCCUAGUGCAAACACUGCCUUUAAAGACUACUGUUAAUAAUGGAACUGUUCUACCAAAGAAACCCAGUGGCUCUCUACCUUCCCCAUCAGGAACCAGGAAAGAAAUUGUAUUGCCAGCAGCAAAAAGCACUGUCAAAAGAACCAACUCAGCUGAACGUGUGUCUCCUGGGGGUCGAAGGGAAAGCUAUGGAGAUUCCAAAGUCAGCCGCAAUCGUGCUGGAUCCACAAGCAGUUCAUCUAGUGGUAAAAAGAACAGUGAAAGCAAGCCCAAGGAACCAAUGUUCAGUGCAGGGAAGCGUCGUGUGACACAUUGCAAAGAGGAAGGAUAUGUAAAAAUGUUUCUGCGUGGACGUCCCGUUACCAUGUACAUGCCCAAAGAUCAAGUGGAAUCUUACAGUUUGGAAGCAAAAGCAGAACUACCAGCCAAGAGGCUUAAACUGGAAUGGGUUUAUGGCUAUCGGGGCCGGGACUGUCGCAGCAACCUGUACCUCCUACCCACAGGUGAAACUGUGUAUUUCAUAGCUUCUGUUGUUGUAUUGUACAACGUCGAAGAGCAACUGCAGAGACAUUACACUGGUCAUAAUGAUGACGUGAAGUGCCUAGCUGUCCAUCCUGACAGGAUCACCAUAGCGACUGGCCAGGUUGCAGGAACAUCUAAGGAUGGAAAACAACUACUGCCCCAUGUCCGCAUUUGGGAUUCUGUUACUCUGAAUACGCUGCAUGUCAUUGGGAUGGGGUUCUUUGACCGGGCUGUCACUUGCAUUGCAUUUUCCAAAUCAAAUGGCGGAAGUAACAUUUGUUCAGUGGAUGACUCCAAUGACCAUGUGCUUUCAGUGUGGGACUGGCAGAGAGAAGAAAAGCUUGCAGAUGUCAAGUGCUCUAACGAAGCAGUGUUUGCCGCUGAUUUUCACCCUACAGACACGAAUAUAAUAGUUACAUGUGGAAAAUCACAUCUUUAUUUUUGGACGCUUGAAGGAAAUUGUCUUAUUAAAAAGCAGGGAUUAUUUGAGAAACAAGAAAAGCCAAAGUUUGUCUUGUGUGUGACGUUUUCUGAAAAUGGUGAUACAAUCACAGGAGACUCAAGUGGAAAUAUCUUAGUAUGGGGAAAAGGUACCAACAGAAUAAGCUCUGCAGUUCAAGGAGCCCAUGAAGGUGGCAUUUUUGCACUUUGUAUGCUCCGAGAUGGUACGCUUGUGUCCGGAGGCGGAAAAGACAGAAAGCUAAUAUCUUGGAAUGGGAAUUACCAAAAACUUCACAAAACUGAGAUUCCGGAGCAGUUUGGGCCAAUAAGAACAAUAGCGGAGGGGAAAGGUGACAUUGUGUUGAUAGGCACUACUCGAAACUUUGUUCUACAAGGUUCCCUGUCAGGCGACUUUUCUCCCAUUACCCAGGGUCAUACAGAUGAACUUUGGGGACUAACGUCCCAUCCUUCCAAACCUCAGUUCUUUACUUGUGGGCAAGACAAACACAUUACACUCUGGGAUGCCAUCAGUCAUCGUCCCAUCUGGAACAAAAUUAUAGAGGAUCCAGCACAGUCUUCUGGUUUUCAUCCUUCAGGAUCUGUAGUUGCAGUAGGAACACUAACUGGAAGGUGGUUUGUGUUUGACACCGAAACAAAAGAUUUGGUCACCGUACACACAGAUGGAAAUGAACAGCUGUCCACAAUGCGUUACUCACCAGAUGGAAACUUCUUGGCAAUAGGUUCUCAUGACAAUUGUAUUUAUAUAUACAGUGUUAAUGAUAAUGGGAGGAAAUACAGUAGAAUUGGCAAAUGCUCAGGUCAUUCCAGCUUCAUUACUCACUUGGACUGGUCUGCUAAUUCUCAGUACCUUGUGUCUAAUUCAGGGGACUAUGAAAUCCUAUACUGGGUUCCUUCAGCUUGUAAACAAGUAGUAAGCGUUGAAACCACUAGAGAUAUAGAAUGGGUUACUUACACCUGUACUUUAGGAUUCCAUGUUUUUGGUGUGUGGCCGGAAGGUUCAGAUGGCACAGAUAUCAAUGCUGUCUGCCGUUCAUAUGAGAGAAAAUUGUUAUCGACUGGUGACGACUUUGGCAAAGUACAUCUCUUCUCUUAUCCAUGUUCACAGUUCAGGGCUCCAAGUCACGUGUACGGUGGACACAGUAGUCAUGUAACCAAUGUAGAUUUUCUAUAUGAAGAUACUCAUCUCAUCUCAACAGGUGGAAAAGAUACCAGUAUUAUGCAGUGGCGAGUCAUUUAGAGGAAACCUUGUAUGUGUAACCAAGAGCUGGCCAUGCACCGAAGUUUUGUAUAAACUGUAUAUUUAAGAUUUAACAGUAUGGUUGCCAUCUAGCCUAGUCACUGUGAUUUUUAAGUUUUAAAAUCCUUACAAACCUCAGGAAAGCUAAGUCUUUGGCUGGCUACCAUACUUAUUUCAGUAAUUCAUUAAGCAUCACUUUAAAAACAACAACAAAAUAUUUUCUCUCUGUGUGUGUCUCUUUGUUGUACAACAUAUGAAGCAGUACAAAUUUAAAAUGAAGUCAUGGCUUGUUUAUGCAAUAAAAAUGAAUGGGAUUUUUUCAAUUAAAUAGUCACAAAAACGUAUCCUAAUACUACAUAUAUGUACUUCACCGUUUCGUUAUUCACCCUUUGUACUGUCUAGCUACAUAGUUAGAAUAGCUAUGGUUGCAAAUGUGAUGGUACUCCCACUUCUGAUGAACAGUGAAGAAUGAAUAUGGAACGCUUACACCAAGCUGGUCCCGAGCGAACAAGCCAUUAAGCACUGCUGUUCUGUGAUAUUCAUUUCAAUGGGGCUUCCAUAAGUUUGCUAUGUGAAAUGACAUAGACAUUUCACUCAGAAGUACUUGCUGAGUUGCUCCCACAUUUUAAAUAAGAAAAUGUGAAUGUUAGAAUAUUGAUUAACUUGCAUUUUUAUUUUAUUUUUCGGCACAGCAAACAAAGUGAGGAUACAGUCCAGUAAAUGUUAGUUACGACUCAAUUUCCAUAGGAAAACUUGACACUGGAUUUAAUUUCAAUUAAAAUAAGUCUUACUGAUUUCAGUGAUACUGACAUUUGCUAGAGUAUGCCCAGAGUUUUAUUCUUUCUGAAAUUCAGCAGGUUCUACCCCAGUUUUAACUUGAAUAUCUCAGCAAGGGUUACAGCUUCAGGUAAUCUAGUCCAAAGUGAAGUCUUCUUUUUUUACAUGUAUAUGAACAAUUUCUUAUUUAAAAAUAAUGAACCAACUUGACCAUGUCUCAGUUCAGUUGAUAGAGUAAAUCAAUCUGUAUAUUGAUCAGCAUGAAUAUUACUACCUUAUACAUGUGUACAAUUUUUUAGCAAUUCAUAAGAAGUAGUAAGGCAUUCUAAGCUUUACCUCUCUAUUGCUUAUGGAUAUUGUAUAUUUGUAUUUUAAGGCCAAGUAGACCACAUAUAAAAAUAACUUUUUAAGUGUACCAUAAACCUGCAGAGGCGGUGGGGAAGGAAACACACAUAAAUCAUUAAGAGGGUCAGCUGGACUGCACAAGCAAUCCAAAUGGUUCCUUGGGGCUGCAAUGUUUUUAAGGGAUAUCAGUGAAGCAGUGUGCAAUUUAGGAAAUACACACCAAAGGAUCCUUCGCAAUUUCAUAGAGAAUGCCUGAUUAUAUGAUGCAGCCGCUUGGGACAGCAAAAUGAUGUGUGUGGGGUGGGUGGGUUGCCCUUUGCGUUGACUAAAAACUUCCGCUGUCUCAUCCCCCCACUGUGUGUUUUGCAUGAACCAAUAUUUAUAGUAUGAAAUAAGAUUGUGUUUUGUAAUGGAGUAAGAUCGGAAAUGGCAUAAAAUAGUUCAGAAGGCCUUAUCAGUUUUGAUUGUGACACAGAUUGAAAAUUAUUGUUUACAUUAGGGAAUGUAUCUCAAGAUUUUAAAUGAGCAGGGUUAUAAACAUGCUCUGAAAAGAUAAAUAGGUAAGGGUUUUUCUUCUUAUAAAACAAGAGGGCAAACACAAAUUAAUUGAACUCUGAAGCACGGGUUGUUUAGAGUUAUUUCAAUGAAGAAUUAAUAAAUUUUGAAGCUUUUUUAUUACAUCUCCAACCUGCUACACUAAAAGUGCAGGACACCAAUAAACAUCAUGUAUC